AUGGCUUCAGAUCCUGUUGUAAAUGGCGUGAACGGCACGGCAACUGCCAAUGGCCGCCGCACGCCUUCGCUUUCGGGCCUCUCCCUCACCGAGUACAGCGCCAACCCGUCGCCGCGAUCGGCCAACAAACAAGCUCACAUUAAGCAGCUCGUACCCGACGAGCUGCUCCUACCCAAUGGACACCCAGAUUAUGUUGGCAUGAUCCUCAACUCGAGGGUCUACGAAGCCUGCAAGAGAACGUCUCUGACCCCCGCCACGAACCUCUCCAAGCGACUCGAGUGCAAUGUCCUUCUCAAACGCGAAGAUGAGCAACCGGUGUUCAGCUUCAAGCUGCGCGGCGCCUACAACAAGAUGGCCAACCUCGACCCGGAGCUGAGCUGGAAGGGUGUGAUUGCUUGCAGCGCCGGCAACCAUGCCCAAGGCGUUGCAUACUCGGCUCGCCAGCUGAAGAUCCCGGCCACCAUUGUCAUGCCGCAGGGAACUCCUGCGAUCAAACAUCAGAACGUUUCGAGGAUGGGGGGAACUGUAGUGCUACACGGUGCCGACUUCGAUGCUGCGAAAGAGGAAUGCGUCCGCCUCGAAAAGCAAUACGGUCUGAUCAACAUCCCGCCUUUCGAUGAUCCCUACGUUAUAGCCGGCCAGGGUACUAUAGGAUUGGAACUUAUUUCCGAUACCAAUCUUUCCAAAGUGGACGCCAUUUUCUGCUGCGUCGGCGGCGGCGGCCUCAUUGCCGGUAUCGGAGUCUUCAUCAAGCGCGUAGCACCCCACGUCAAGAUCAUUGGUGUGGAGGCUGAGGAUGCCAAUGCCAUGGUGCAGUCGCUCGAGAAGGGCGAGCGCGUAUUCCUGAAAGAGGUCGGUCUGUUUGCGGAUGGAGCGGCUGUGAAGACUGUUGGAGAGGAGACGUUCCGCAUCUGCAAGGAGGUUGUAGAUGAGGUCGUCCAGGUCACAACGGACGAAACUUGUGCUGCCAUCAAGGAUGUCUUUGAGGACACCCGGUCUAUCGUCGAGCCUGCGGGUGCCUUGGCCCUUGCUGGACUCAAGAAAUGGGUCAAGAACAACCCCUCCAGUAACCCAAACCGAUCAGUCAUUGCUGUCACCAGCGGUGCGAACAUGAACUUUGACCGGCUGCGAUUCGUUGCUGAGCGAGCGACCUUGGGAGAGGGCAAGGAAGCAUUGCUGGCGGUCAGCAUUCCGGAACGACCCGGGGCCUUUUCCGAACUCAUCAACACCAUCAUGCCCCAUGCCGUGACGGAAUUUUCCUACCGAUACGCUACAGACGAGGUUGCCAACGUGCUUGUUGGUAUCUCGCUCACGGCACCUGCCAGCCAACGUGUGACCGAACUCGAGACGCUGCUGGAGCGAAUCAACGCGUCAGGUAUGACGGCCACAGAUCUGUCGGGAGAUGAGCUUGCCAAAUCACACAUCCGAUACCUGGUCGGUGGACGGUCUAAUGUGGCCGACGAGCGUGUCUACACGUUCACAUUCCCAGAGCGGCCGGGUGCUCUCCAGAAAUUCCUCAACACGCUGCGACCGCGAUAUAACAUCAGCCUGUUCCAGUACCGAAACGGCGGCAGCGACGUUGGUAAGAUCGUAGCAGGCAUCCAGUGCCCCGAUGCCGAGGUGGCAGGGCUGGAGAGGUUCUUGAAGCAGAUCGGGUACCCAUGGGAAGACUGCACAGAAAACAGUGCCUUCAAGACCUUCCUGAGGAACUGA